AUGUCAUCCAGCUUUGUGAGCCUGACUCCGCUGAUCAGAACAGAUCUUGGUGUGUAUUGCCACUUGCUUGAAAUAGACAAUACCAAGAUAUUGAUAAACUGCGGAGCACCUAAGACAAUGGAAAUGGCCAUAUAUGAGCCGUUGAUGCAACGAAUUCUGGCAUGCGAUGCGAUACUGCUGACAAGCUUUGGCAUAAACUGCAUUGGAGGACUGCCGCACAUUCUUCACAGCAACUAUUACAACAAGGUCAUAUCAUCGGUUCCUAUUAAAGUGCUUGGGAAAAUAUGCAUGGAAGAGCAUGCACGGGGGAUGGAGCCGCCGCUGAAAAUUGAUGUGGAGUGCUUCGAUAGGAUUUCUGAGAUAAAGUAUCUACAGCCGACCGUCAUAAAUGGAGUAGAGAUAUGCGCUUAUAACUCUGGAAGCUCUAUUGGUGGGUGCCUGUAUAAGAUUAGCAAGGGUGCAGAGAAGAUAGUUAUUGGAUUUAAUGUGAAUCACAGGAAGGAGAACCAUCUUGAUGGAAUGAACAUGUCUGUGAUAGGAGACUGCGGCUUGUGUGUGUUUAAUGGGAACCAUGUACUAGCAGAGAAUGUAUCUGUGGUGAAGAGGGAUGAUGCAUUUGUGAAGACAGUUAUGAAUGCAAUUGAUAGCAAGCGGCGAGUGAUACUUCCUAUAAGAUACUCAAGACUUCUUGAGAUCUGCCUUGUGCUGAAUGAGAUGGGGAAUGCAAAGGGAUGCAAGGUGGUAUGCUUAGCGUAUUUUGGAAAGAAGUUUAUUGAGAGGGUGAAGUCUAUGGUAGAGUGGGCAGGAGAGAAAGUAUCGUCGAUGUUUUCUGAGGAGAAGGUGAAUCCAUUUGAGUUUGAACGGAUCCGGUUUGUGAAACACUAUGGUGACCUUUGCGAGUUUGAUGUUUUGAUUGUGGUUGAUGAAUGGGUGUCUGGAUGUAUGUUUACGAGUGUUCUGCACUGUUUUAACGAUGGAAACAAUGUGAUAGUGGUCACUGAUCCUCGGCUAGAGCAAAUGCUGAGGGAAGAAAGCAGAGAAGCAAGACAGUAUAAGUUUAGGCUUCAGCAGAAAGCAGAGGACAAUGCUGAAGAUAAAAAUGAGGAAGAGGAAGUUGAAGAGCAGGCUGAUGACGAGCCUGAGGAGGAGGGGGUGGAGUCUCAUUGGUCAGAGGCAAAGCACGAAGUGUGGUGUGAAUCUGGGCAGGAAUGCUUUCCGUCACUUUCGAGGCGAAGAGCAUAUGAUGACUAUGGGGAGUACGUGGAUAAAUCAAUGUUUGUGAAGGAUGUUGCAGCCGUUGAAGAGGUGCAGGAGGUUGUUGUAGAGGAAGAGUCCGUAGAGGAGGAGAGAGAGGAAGUUUGUAGAGGAUUGGAGCUGAGGUAUAGCGUGGCUUGUGUGGAGAUGAUGGGGGUUUCUGAUCUAGGUUCGUGCAAGAUGGUGCUAGAGUCGUUGUCUCCUCAGAAGCUUGUGUGUGUCGGAGAAGAUGGCGAUACGGAAAGGUUUUUCUACCACUCAUUCAAGUACAUGAUGUGCUUUGAGGAUGUGUAUUUGUGUAGGGAGAAGCUUGUGCUGUCGUCGAAUGUUUUGAUGGGAAUGGUGAAGCUGAGUGAUGGGUUUGAGAAUGUGAAAUACCAGAAGAUAGGAACGGAUUUUGUAGCAGGAUUCAGAGGAAUAAGAAAGGGAGAUAUGAUUGAAUGCAUUGGGGAGGGGCCGAGGAUGAUGCUGGGGCAUCUUGAAAUGAAUGAGAUGCGGAAGAUGAUUGUUGAAAGAAAGAUGAGGGUGGAGCAGGAUGAUGAAGGCCUUGUGGUGGAAGGAUGUGUGUGGGUUAAGAUGAGUAAUAGUGGAUUGAUGAUUGACGGAAAGGAUGCUAGUGUGUUCUAUGCGGUGAGAGAUGUUAUCUACAGUAACCUUGCGUUUAUUUAA